AGCCUGCCGCCCGCGCGUAUCUCGCGCUUCACAUGCGCCCCGCGAUCAAUAAAUGACUAACCUCAUAACAACUGCAAAUCUCACCACAAAACAAUCACUAUCGAUUGAACUCCACCGCCGUUGACGACACAGAAUCUCUUAUCUCGCUGUUGCAAUAUACGCAUGGAGUUCAAUCGUGUGUGCCUCUGAAGCAGUCUGUCAACAACUAGUAUAAAUGUAUUAGUGAAGACUAAAUAUGCACCAAAAUAUUGUUAAUAAAAAUCUAUUUGUAUGUGUGUGUAACCGAUGAGUUGAGUGCGCCAUGACGUCCCUGAAGCAUGGAGUCAAUUUGAGCAGGCGGGCAUGCAGGCGGGCCCUCGCGCUGCUGGUUGCAGCGGCUUUAUUCCCGAUUGCAUAUGCUACGCCUAUUGAGAGCACCACAAGACAAAAUCCGUCCAUUACUGUCGAUGGGAGCUCCACAUACCCGGGACUCGGGUUUGGCCCGAUGGGUCCCGUGGUGCCACUGCCCGGCGAGCCACUUGGCACCCAACUGCGUCAAAACCAAGAGACCACUACCGAACUACCGGCCACCAUCAAGCCGAAGAAAGAAAGGACCUUCGUGAUCGCCGCCUUCGAGUUUCAUAGGGUGGAAACACCGUUCCUGAUUGGACUGUGGAUCUUUUUCGCUAGUAUUGCUAAAAUCGGUUUUCACAUGGCGCCGAGAUUUUCGAAGAUGUUUCCGGAAUCAUGCCUCCUUAUCUUCGUCGGAGUACUUAUUGGUGCCUUGUUGUUAAGCACCCACAGCGUUCACGUUCAACCACUGACGCCUGAUACAUUCUUCCUGUACAUGCUGCCACCGAUUAUUUUGGAUGCCGGAUACUUUAUGCCAAACAGAUUAUUUUUCGAUCACCUUGGAACGAUUUUAUUAUUUGCUGUAGUUGGGACCGUUUUCAACACUUUGACCAUCGGAGCAUCUUUGUGGGCAUGUGGUCAAACCGGAAUGUUUGGAUGCACUACACCACUACUGGACAUGCUUCUAUUUGGUGCUCUCAUCUCGGCGGUGGAUCCAGUCGCCGUCCUGGCUGUAUUCGAAGAAAUUCAUGUGGAUGAAGUCUUGUACAUAGUAGUCUUCGGAGAAUCACUCUUGAAUGACGCCGUUACUGUGGUCCUGUAUCAUAUGUUUGAAGCUUACACAGAAAUGGGCCCGUCUCGCCUAAUGUACACCGACUUCCUAGCUGGUUUGGCCUCUUUUCUGGUAGUCGCAGUGGGAGGCACCUGCAUUGGUGUUGUCUGGGGUUUCGCCACAGGACUUGUUACACGGUUCACCCAUGAGGUCCGUGUCAUUGAGCCCAUUUUUAUUUUCGUCAUGGCAUAUUUAGCGUAUUUAAACGCUGAAAUGUUCCAUAUGAGUGGGAUACUGGCGAUAACAUUUUGUGGUAUUACAAUGAAGAAUUACGUCGAGGCAAACAUAUCGCACAAAUCUCACACCACGAUCAAAUACACGAUGAAGAUGCUCUCGUCCUCAUCGGAGACUAUCAUCUUUAUGUUCCUCGGUGUCGCCACCGUGAACAAUAACCACGAUUGGAACACGUGGUUUGUGUUACUCACCAUUGUUUUCUGCUCAAUCUUUCGGAUUAUAGGCGUGUAUAUAUUUAGCGCAGUAGCUAAUAAGUUUCGAUUGCACAAACUAAAUAGGGUCGAAAAAUUUGUUAUGUCAUACGGAGGUCUCCGAGGCGCAGUCGCUUUUGCAUUGGUGCUAUUAAUAGACCCAGAAGUGGUGAAACUCCAACCUAUGUUCGUCACUACUACUAUAGCAGUAAUAUACUUCACAGUAUUUAUACAGGGCAUCACAAUAAAACCCUUAGUCAAAAUACUAAAUGUCAAAACAGCAGAAAAGAGGAAACCGACCAUGAAUGAAAGAAUACAUGAAAGGUUUAUGGACCACCUGAUGGCAGGUAUAGAGGAUAUUUUAGGUAAACACGGAAAUCACCACAUGCGUGACAAAUUCAAGAGAUUUGAUAAUCGUUUUAUUAGGCCGUUUUUGCUUAGAAAUUAUCAGGGCGCAGAACCAAAAAUUUUGGAGACGUACUCAAAAUUAGCUAUGAAAGAUGCUAUAGAAUAUAUGCAAAGAAAUGCUUCUACUAUUGGCAACAUAUCUGGUGCCGAAUCGAUGUCAGCUAUAUUUAAGAACUAUACCAAUGCGAAUUUCAAUGGAAGUCCAAGCUUCAGCCAACUGGACUCUUCAACAUGGAAUAUAGACAUGCAAGAAUUGGAGUAUAAUCCAUCGAAGAAAGAUUUAACCGAUGCCAAAAUUCACCACUUGUUAGCUGAGGAAUUGUGCAAACCAUUCAGACGUCAUCGACGUCUGAGCUACAGUCGCCAUGCUGUAAAUGAUAGGGACCUCGGCAUUCAGCAGGUGAACUACAAAACCCACAUGAAUAUACGGCGGCGGGUUGGCGAUCGGAAGCAUCACCAUAAACGCAGUAAACGUGGAAAGCAGGAUGGCAAAAACCAUGUCACUUUCCCAGAAUUCCAGCAAAACGGUUCGGCCAAACAGUUCACGCACGGUAAAAAAAAGUAUUAUAGAUUAGACUACAUAGACGAGGUGCUACAAGAGGACUGUGAGGAACGUGAGCCGCGCCGGGAAGGUGAUGACGGCGGUAUUACAUUUACUGCCAAAUCUCCGCCUGGAUAUAAAGAAGUCAGUCCGACGUCCUCGCAUAAAGAGAAUAGUAGUUCGCUUUUAAACCAGUUGGCUAAUCUACCUGGAUUCAAUCCUUUGAAAGCGAGAAUUGUAAAGCAAUACGCUAAAACACCCGAAGAGAUACUGCCGACAGCUGUUGAGAAAUCCUUACCGUGGAGAAGGGACAGAUCCACGUAUAACUUUGUGCCCAAUGAAGACAUCCUUGAAGAAGACGAGAGAAGAAUGUCGGAUGAAAACGACACGUAUAUGACAGUGGCGGAAACAGCGCGCGUCGCCACCCCUACGGCAACCGAGACCAUGUUGCCAUGGAAACGGGAGGAGGCAGAGGGCUCCGGCGCACUCAAACAAUCAGAAUUUCCGUCGUGGGCAUCCAACAAAGAAUAUCUUGCUUACAGCUCACCCUCAGCCACUUUUCUAGGUGGUAUAGAGAAGCCAAAACAUCCGAAAUCUAUCAUAGGUCUCUUCCGAAGAGAGAGCUCUGGUUCGACGCAGGGCGCAAUGGAGGCUGGAGCGUCAGAUUCUGACGGAGGGAGUAGAGGGGAAAGUAGUAAGGGAGAAACAUCUUCUAACAAAGGCGAGAGUACAGGGCAAAUACGCCAAGGGCCUAGCUUACUAUCGAAGAGGAGUACGAGCCUUGGAGGUCCUUCGGUGCUGCUGAUGGAGGACGUAGCACACUCAGACCCAUUGGGUGCAUCCUCUCGCCCUGCCAGCAUAAUGCAAGGUCCGCAUCGGGGACAAUGUAGGAGGGGAUCCAUGUUGGAGUUAACUGGAUCAUUAUCUCGUGACGCUAUCACAGAGGAAAAAUGCAGCAAAUCUUUACCAGAAAGCGAGCGUAUGGGAGUCAGACGGCUACCGCUUGGCCAGCAAAGCCUGCCACGAGAACCAUUCAUUCGUCAACUGACUAUGGCGUCCACACUCCUCACUAGUUCCUCUUCAGACGAAUCCUCCGACGACAACACCUGAGUACCCCGUCGUGGUGACCCCGACAGGUUACCACUUCUGAAGUAUAGAACCUUAGAGUAAAGUGAAUAUAAAUGAUAACAUGAAAGUUUUAAACAAACACUUUCUAAUGAGUGCUGUGAAUUUGUGUAGUUCAUUAAAUUAGCUCUAAUAAAUUGACUUAAAAGCGCGUUAAUUGUAAUUUAAUUGUGUGUAAACAAACCUUAAAUUAAUACUGACAUAAUUGAAAUAAAUUGAAUGUCUAAGAAAUAUAUUGAUACUAUUAAUUAAAAUGAAAAUAAUCUGUAAUUGAUAAUAGAGUGAACUAUUUUCUCCUCUUAUGUCUUAGAGUUUUUGAGCAAAUUUUAAUUUGAAUGUAAACUGCUCCUGUUUAUAUUAAAUAUAUAAUUUAAUUAUUGGAUAAAUUAUUUUUAUAUGCUGUUGUAAAUACUCUAAUGACGCUAAUAUGGUUAUUUAUCAAUAUGGUAUACUUAGGUAUUUUGUUAAUUUUGGACAGCAAUUGUUGCCAAUGACAAUACUAAAAAAAAUUUGCCCACAAUAUAAUGUAGAUGGGUAUAUAUUUUAUGAUUUAAGUAGGGCAAUUUAGAGUGUAAUUUUAAAUGUCAUUACUAGAAUUGUAUUAGCUAUAUUGCGUGUGGUGUUACGUUAUGAAAAUUGCUAUAUACAUACAUACAUACUAUAUUAAGUACUUUUAAUAUUUAUGAUUUUUUAAUAGAAUACAUAAUUCAAACCAUAGAUAAUAGAACAAAAUACCUUCUUAACAAGAGUACUUAUUUUAUGUUUGUACUGCAGUUUUUACUGUAGAUAUUUACAAUCGUAUGUACAAGUACAUAUUACCGUCAAUCAAAUUACCAUUACAAACCCCAUAGGACAAUACGUCCUAAAUAAAAUAAAAUAUUCUGGUUUAUAAAACAAAAAGUCAUUAUUAAAGUUAUUAGACGAAAAGAUGAUCCGGAAAGACGUCUACUUUGAUAAAUACUUAAUUAAGAUUUAUUGAUUACAUAUAAGUACGUAAGAAAGGUAUCAUGACAUCGACAUCCAUGGUACUGUUCAUGUUUAUAGGAGAUGUUUGCCAUUUUGUAUCAGGUGGGCCGUCAACUUGUUUACCAUUCUAAAUUACAUAAAAAAAAAAUAUCAUAGAUAAAAUAUUUUUUCUGUGGUAUUCCUUAUCGUACUUCUUUGUAUUUUAAACAAUAUAUUUUGCAAUGUAUUUGAUGUUUAUUUAUGGUCAGUGGCCUUUAUCAGCAAGACGCCUUUAAUAAUCACAUGAUCUAAAAUGUUAUAGUGCCAAUUUGCCAAUUUUGAAAGUUAGCCAUAUUAGUUAACCAACGAAAUUUCAACUUUCAAGGUAAUUCAGAAUUUCUAUACCUACAUAGAUAAUAGUUUUAAAUAUAUUGAACAUAUUCAUUACAGUUUGUUACAAAAUUUGAUUAAGAAAAAAAUUUGUGACUGUAAUGAACAUAAAGUUUUGUAGCAUCCGGCCUAUCCAACACUAACAUAUCUAGGCCUAAAAUGUGAAAAGGAAAAUGGGUAAAAAUAUACGACAGUUUAGAUAGGUACAUAGUAAAAAAAUAUAUUAUAAUUUUAGUCAAAGCUAAGAGUGAUAUAUAAAUAUCGCAUUUUCCGCAACGGUAUCAUAGCGACCCAGUCAUAGUAAUGAUUUCUAUUCUCAUCUACGUUUUCUAUAUAUAAACUUUUUGCUUAUAUUGGGAUGAAAUUGCGUUACAUAAUAUGUUUCCAACAAUUUCUUAAUAUUAACAGUAUUUGGUUGAUUUAUUAUUGCAAGAAUAUAUGAGUAAUAUAAUGUUUUUAAUAAGUACAUACAAUUACGAGUUUUUGGUCUAAAACUUUAGCCAAAGUCGAAACAAAAUUAAAACAAUAAGAUUAACCACUGAAAGCGAAAGCAUAAACGUAGAGUUUGAUGUAGCUCGUCGCUCCUUAAGGGAUACUAAUUGUCAAACGCUACGCACUGCGUAAUUGUUAUAAGAAUAAGCAAGAGAUGUAUUAAUAUAUAAGCAUUUAGCUUUCUAUUGUUUCUGCCUAUCCCAAUAGAAGACCGGCGUGAUAGACAUGUAUGUAUUAAGUAUUAACAGUAUUUAUAUUGUACAAGUCUACUUGAAUUGAAAGUCAAGUACUACUGUUCGUGUGAGGAUAAUGACUUCUGAUGUCUAUAAUCUCUAGGCCGCUUUCCUUUGAUUGAAUGAUUCCUUUGAUCCAAUGAAAAUUAAGUAUUUUUAAACAAACGAAACCUAAAUUUGAAAACUUCAGAGAUUUAGGGCUGUCGAUUCGAUCCAGUCUAGUCAAUACAUUAUAUUAUAUUUUAUAUUAAGAUGUUAAGGAAUACUUAGUCAGUUUCUAAGUUCUAAGAUUUAAAGAUACCGAAUGCGUGGUAUAAAGCAAGGUUUUGGUCGAAUUUUACGACGAACGACUUUUAGCUUUGACUAAAAAAUUACUUGGGUCGGAGAGUAGUUAGGUAUGCAGUUGUAGUCAAGUAUGUCGGUAGGUUAUUGACUAUUAUAUUACUUUUUCGUUUUAGUUUUUUGUUCUGCUAAUAUUUUCGGCAUACAUGUAUACCUGUCUUAAUGUAUGUAGGUAUUCAGUACUUUUUAAAUUCUCUGUCAUUGGCAAUUUGACGUCAGCAUGUUUGAUAUUAAAAUAAUUAGCUAUAAUAAAGCUUUGAUAAUAAUGUGGAACGAGAUGUUAAAUUGUUACUUAGAUUAAUUGUUUAUGAAACAUGCUAAUGGGAAUGUAUGUUAAUUGUCCCGUUUGUAAGUAAUUAGUACAAUAAUAGUGAUUAAAUUACAAUAAGUAGGACUAUUUUAUUUAAAAAAAAAAGUAGGUAUUAAAUGGAAUCCACAUAGGUACUUUUGAUGUCUGUAAAAAAAUAUGUUUAUAUAACUUAUCAAUUUAUUAACCCUUUGAGAUGUUUUACGUCAGAUCCAUAACUGUGACUUUUUUGACGAAUUUCGGUGCUAAAGACCAUGAUAAGCAUCUGACUUGAAAUUGUGUGAACAUAUAAUAAAUAUUAAAUAUGAUAUUUUUGUGAACCUAAUAUGAAAUUUGUAGAUACUUAUCGCAUGUAUUUAGCCCCUUACGACCACACAAACAUAAUCUUUGUUGAUGUAAAAAAAAAUGCUUUCGAGUUUACAUAGUGUGCACAAUUUUGAUAAAUGAGUCCCCCUCGACAAAGUCACGAGGGUUGUGAUAUUGUAUAUAAGUACAUAAUACUAAUAAUAAGAGUUGCUUAUUCAUUAUACCUAUUUAAAUUAAUUGUUGAAAUUGUACAUAAGGAUUAAAUAAAGAUACAACAUCGACAAUAGUAUAGGUAGCGUGUUUUAUGUUGUCAUUUGUGUUUGUCAAUUGUGUUCCAUUAAAAUUGCAGAGUUCACUUGAGCGGCUUCUUCUAAGUAAGAAUAUGAUUAUUGCAUAAAUAUUAGAUCUUGUAACAACUUUACCUAAGUACUAUUAAUCAAUUUUUUCAAUGGUUACAAAGUACUAGUGUACAUACAUCGCAAAUAACUCUGCUUGAUUGAAGUUUAACAUUAUAUAAAAACGGUGCAAACUAAACAUUUUUAAUUAUUUAAAAAGUAUUAGACAGUACUCAUAUAAUGUUUUUUUUUCUAUGUUAGUUGAAACAGCACUAAAGUCUCAAUAAAUGGCAUCAUAUGAGUAUAAAAUGUUCUACUGAGUUUUAUGGAGGGGAAUACUAAAUGAAGUACUUAAUAAAGGAAAAUAGAUGACCGAAAGCUUUAAAUAUUCUUACUAAAUAUAACAUCAUCUUCAACAACGUAGAGUCAAUUUUAGGAAACUUUACGUAGGUAGCAUUUCAAAACGGUAUAAUGAAUGUUCACACUAAAGCGAACUCAGUAUUGGAAACCAAAUAGUAUUAUAAUUAUAAUUAAGUAUUUGUAAAAAUAUUCAAUAUUAUAAUCUCAUGCAAUAGCACUACAGAAACAAGCUUUUGUAAGAAAUAUGGUGUGUCAAUUGAAAAAAAUAGUGCCUAGUAAAGAACACGUUAUUAAAAUGUAGUUGACACUUUCAUGCGAUCUGAACUUACGGAAAAAAAUGUGUUUCUGUAUAAUUUAUUUAGAAUAGCAGAAUUACCUAUAGAUAGUACGUAAAUGGCAUUCAGUUGUUUAUAAUUUCUCAAAUAUUAUAUAAGUUUAUAAAGAAAAUACGAUUGCUAUCACAUAAAUUCUAAAACUGUCAUCAUAUGGUUUUGUUUGAUACUUAUAGGUUACCUAGUUGAUGUGAAUUAAGAGUUAAUGAAAUAUUUUACUUAAUGAUCUCUUUAUCCUGUAGAAUUUUUUUUAUAUAUAGAAAUGUUUGAAAUAGGUAGGUAAUAACUAAGAUCUAGGGGCUGGUGAAAUAUUUUAUUAAAGAUCUCGUAUGCGGCA